UUCAGAAACAAACUUAACGUGAUUUGAGAACGUUGUGCGUCUUUCCGUCUAUUUUUAAGCGGGCGCCAAACUAAACCAAAAAAAGCCCUAAAACAAAGACUAAAAAAACAAUAAAACACAAUUUCAAAUAUAACUUAGGAGUGAGUGAGUGUAACUGAGAAUAUAACUCUCUGAAAUAGGUGAAAACAACAAACAGCAGAACAUCUGGAGUGGGACACACCUGACAUCAUCGUUUUAUUGUUGCAUCCAUUGUUUGUUCGUUCUUGCCAUCAAUCAGAGCUAAGCUCUCUUGGAGGAUACACAACCCUCACACCUCUCACAUUAUUCCACCACCCACCAUCAAGAUAACCCAUUGAAUUUGAAGAUCGGACAAAGAAAAAAACAAACGGCAAGAUGUUCAUCGAAGAUGAUGCCAAAAUGGACAGCUUCUUUGUGAAGAGCGCUAUUGGCGCGAUCAUGGCGAUCUCCUUCGUCUACGACAUCAUAACUCUGCCGGUUUACUUGGUGCUGCAAAAACCCUGGAAACGCCGGCAGGACUCGCGUCGCGUUAAGGCCAAGCUAAUUAACCCGAAAAUGUUGGUCGAUGAGUCCAAGUACGCGCCGGAUGACAUUGAGGCAAAGAUCGUGAAGAACGAUGACAAUGAGCUGACCUACCGGACUACGGAUCCACCGCGUGAUGUCCACGUGAAGAUGUUGCAGGAGAACAUCGAUACGCUGGAGAAGGUCUUUAACUAUGUGGCCAAGACGUACACUUCCAAGCGUUGUCUGGGCACCCGUCAGAUCCUAAGCGAGGAGGAUGAGGUGCAACAGAAUGGACGUGUCUUCAAGAAGUACAAUUUGGGAGACUACAAAUGGAAGACUUUCACCGAGGCGGAGCGCACGGCGGCUAAUUUCGGACGCGGUCUGCGAGAACUGGGACAGAAACCACGCGAGAACAUUGUCAUCUUUGCCGAAACGCGGGCCGAGUGGAUGAUCGCUGCCCAUGGAUGCUUCAAGCAGGCUAUGCCCAUUGUCACCGUCUAUGCCACACUUGGAGAUGAUGGAGUGGCUCACUGCAUCACCGAAACGGAAGUCACCACGGUUAUCACCUCUCACGAUCUGUUGCCCAAGUUCAAGACUCUGUUGGACAAAUGCCCGCUGGUCAAGACUAUUAUCUACAUUGAGGAUCAACUGCAAAAGACGGAAACCACUGGCUUCAAGGACGGCGUCAAGAUCCUGCCCUUCAACCAGGUCGUCAAGUCUGGACAAGACAGCAAAUUCGAACAUGUGCCACCCAAGGGCGAUGACAUUGCCAUCAUCAUGUACACUUCCGGCUCUACUGGUACACCCAAGGGAGUCCUUCUGUCUCACAAGAACUGCAUUGCCACGAUGAAGGGCUUCGUUGACAUGGUACCCAUCUAUCCGGAUGAUGUUCUGAUCGGAUUCCUGCCCCUGGCUCACGUUUUUGAAUUGGUUGCGGAGAGUGUGUGUCUAAUGACCGGUGUGCCUAUUGGUUACUCGACUCCGUUGACCCUGAUCGACACUAGCAGCAAGAUCAAGCGUGGCUGCAAGGGAGACGCCACUGUUCUAAAGCCUACAUGCAUGACUUCGGUGCCACUGAUCCUCGAUCGUAUCUCCAAGGGCAUUAAUGACAAGGUCAAUUCGGGCUCGGCGUUCCGGAAAGCACUCUUCAAAUUCCUUUACCAGUACAAAGUCAAGUGGGUGCAGCGGGGCUACAAGACGCCGCUCAUUGACAAAUUGGUGUUCAAGAAGGUGGCAAAACUGAUGGGUGGAAAAGUGCGCAUUAUCAUGUCCGGUGGAGCACCUCUGUCAGCGGACACCCAUGAGCAAAUCAAGACCUGUCUGUGCUUGGAGCUGAUUCAGGGCUAUGGCCUCACGGAAACCACUUCUGGAGCCACAGUAAUGGAUUACCGUGAUAUGACCUAUGGAAGAACUGGAGGACCUUUGACUGUCUGCGACAUCCGUCUGGUUAACUGGGAAGAAGGAAACUACCGCGUCACAAACAGGCCAUACCCUCAGGGAGAGGUUCUCAUUGGCGGCGAGUGUGUCUCCCAGGGUUACUAUAAGUUGCCUGGCAAGACCAACGAGGAUUUCUUUGAGGAUGACGGACAAAGAUGGUUCAAAACCGGCGACAUUGGCGAAAUCCAAGCUGAUGGCGUACUUAAGAUUAUUGAUCGUAAGAAGGAUCUGGUUAAGCUGCAGGCCGGCGAAUAUGUCUCCCUUGGCAAGGUUGAAUCUGAGUUGAAGACGUGCGGAAUUAUCGAGAACAUUUGCGUCUACGGAGAUCCCACGAAGCAGUUCACAGUGGCGCUGGUCGUCCCCAACCAAAAUCAUCUAGAGGAGCUUGCCCAGAAACAUGGACUAGGUGAUAAGACCUUCGAGGAGCUGUGCUCUUCGCCCAUCAUAGAAAAGGCUAUACUCAAGGAAAUCGCCGAACAUGCGCGGAAAUGUAAAUUGCAAAAGUAUGAGGUGCCAGCCGCCAUUACAUUGUGUAAGGAGGUGUGGUCUCCGGACAUGGGACUAGUAACGGCCGCAUUCAAGCUGAAGCGCAAGGAUAUCCAGGAUAGAUAUCAGCAUGAUAUUAACCGCAUGUACGCCUCAUGAAAAUCAAUGUACUAAACCAGAGGUAUCAGAUGAAGCAACGACAACAACACGGAGACAACAACAUUAGUGGAGCAGCAGCAAUGAAGCUAGUGUGUACUAAUGGCAAUUUAGUAGCACCCCACACGGCAUUAGCAUGCAUACCAAAUCCAAAACCAAACUAGCUUAAGUCCAAAAAGAUCUGAACGCCGAGUAAUAUACGUAUAUACGACAAAACGAUAAGUCACACUGGGCAUGUAAAGAUAGAAAGUUCUCAUUCUCUUACCAAUUGGUUUUGUCUCUACUUGUUUGCUAGAAUUUUGAAAAUUACUCGUUUUUUUUUUUAUCAUAAUAAAAGAAAAGUCCUUUGAAGUUGUGUUGGUAGAUAGCUAAAGCUGGGUUUGGUUUGGAAAUGCGCUGUGUAUGUGCUUAGAAUGCUGUUGAACAGAUUGACAAUGAUAAAGAUAAUGAUAACUGAUUGCCGAUGAUGAGAAUAUUGUAUACUGUACAGUUUUCGGUUUUUUUUUAGUACAUUUUUUGGCAAAUGAAUAUUGCAUAAACAAUACUUAUUUUUAUAUUAAGCUUAAGUGGUUGCCUAUUAAUUAUGUACAUACGAUAUAUGUACACGCAUCUAUAUAAAUGCAUAUAUGUGUAUAAUAAAUCUAAUAAUAUUUAGUGUACUUCUCUAUGCUAAGUUUAAUGUAAUGGAAUUCUUGAAGUAAUGAAUGAAGAAUGAAUGUAGAAAGAAGAAAAGAAAGCAACUUGAUUAUGAAUUAAAUGCAACAACUGAAAAGCAAAGAACGUAAGAAUUUCCCUGGCAAAUGCUUCUUUUUGGCGCAGAAGUGCAUCUAAACACAAAUGGAACCAUCCAACAAUUAUUAAAAAAAAAAAACACAAAGGCAGAAAGGUUACAAAGGCAAAUGUAAAAUAUAUAUUUUAGCUCAAUUUAGUUAAAGAAAAAAAACCAUCUAAUGAAUUUUAUUAAAUAUUUUUAUGUCACGUAACGAGAAAAGUCAAAAUUAAAAUGCAACAAUGAAAGACUUAGUACCAAAAUAUAAACAAAAAAACAAUGGAAAACGCUAGAAGGCCAACUGGCUAAAUUAAAGAUCUUAAAAAAUAAAAAAAAACAUUUGUUUUAGAUGUGCAAGAACUUUUUGAAUAAAUUGUAGUCAUAUUUUUAGUUAAACUAUGUAUAUUUAGGAAACGUUUAGCAAUUUUUUGUGGAAACGUUGCGUUUCUUUAAAAUAAAAUUCAACUGAUAAAAACCACAUUUUCGACAUCUGGAAAAACUCACGAGGGCAAGGCGUAUGGUACUCGUAUAUCCAAAUUCGAAAUUGAACACUUAUCACGCUGAUCAAAUACAUUAUUGUAAUAUUAACGAAAUGAGUUACAAGUAAAUAAAGAUGUAAGACAAUUAUUACAAAUAAGUAUCAAUGCAUUAUUAUAUUUUUGAUCGUAUGAAAUACUGGAUAAAUCAAUAAAUGAAACUAUUUUCUAGUUUUA